GGCCUGCACAUCCGGCCCCACCCACUCGGGGCCUAGCCUCUCGGAGCCCGACCCCGGGGUAGCGGACACACCCCCUCCCGGCCCGCUGUCCGCCUCCGCCCAUCCUUUCCUUAACCUGCUUGAUUUUUCUCCCAGUCUUCCAGCCUCUCGGGUUCGACUUUGCACUAAAAGGGAUGCACCCCGGAAAACCACAUUGCGGGGUCACAUCUUGUUUGGAGAAGAGGCUGGGCUUUUGCAUCUUAGGGUAUACGUUCACCAUUUCAAGGGCCUGGGAUAGAUUUGAUUAAUCCGCCUGAAGUACCCUGUUCCUGCUGACCCGGCCGUUUUUACCUCCCUAUCUUACCACACUCCCAGGAACAUUAAGUAGAAAGCGCUUGGAGUCUUCUUUGAGCCCCCACCUUGAGCUAGACGUGAAGUUGACCCCUGGGCUGCAGCAUGGCUGUAGCUCUCGACUCUCAGAUCGACGCACCCCUGGAGGUUGAGGGAUGCCUAAUAAUGAAGAUGGAAAAGGACCCCGAGUGGGCAUCAGAGCCCAUUCUGGAAGGGUUGGAUAGCUCCGAGACCUUCCGCAAAUGCUUCAGGCAAUUCUGUUAUGAGGAUGUGACUGGACCCCAUGAAGCUUUCAGUAAACUCUGGGAACUUUGCUGCCGGUGGUUAAAGCCAGAAAUGCGUUCCAAGGAGCAGAUACUUGAGCUGCUGGUGAUUGAGCAGUUUCUCACCAUUUUACCAGAGAAGAUUCAGGCUUGGGCACAGAAGCAGUGUCCGCAAAGUGGAGAGGAAGCUGUGGCCCUGGUAGUGCAUUUGGAGAAAGCGACUGGAAGACUAAGGCAGCAGGUCAGCAGCCCUGUGCACCCAGAGAAGCACGCCCCACUUGGAGCAGUGUGGGAGGUGGCUGACUUCCAGCCAGAACAGGUAGAGACCCAAUCCAGUGUGGUGUCUAGGGAGGAAGCUGGAAGCCUCCACUCAGGACACCAGGAACAGCUGAACCGAAAGCGAGAACAUCGGCCUUUACCCAAGAAUGCUCGGCCUUCUCCCUGGGUUCCUGCCCUUGCUGAUGAAUGGAACAUCCUAGAUCAGGAAGUGACAACCACACGGCUUCCUACUGGGUCCCAGGAACCUGUGAAAGAUGUCCACGUGCCAAGAGGCUUUUCCUACAAAAAGAGUGUGCAUCAGAUUCCUGCCCACAGGGGCCUCUACCGGGAUUUCAGGAAGGAAAACGUUGGGAACGUGGUCUCCCUGGGAAGUACAGUGUCUACAUCUAACAGGAUAACCCGGUUGGAACAGAGAAAGGAGCCAUGGACUCUAGGCCUGCAUUCCUCUAAUAAGAAAAGUACCCUACGAAGCAACUACAUCAAGGAAAAGUCAGUUCAUACUAUUCAGGUCCCUGCAAGGAGUGCAGGAAAAACAUGGAGAGAGCAGCAGCAGUGGGGUUUAGAAGAUGAGAAGAUAGCAGGUGUGCAUUGGAGCUAUGAGGAAACGAAGACUUUCCUGACAAUUCUCAAAGAGUCUCGCUUUUAUGAAACACUUCAAGCCUGUCCCCGAAAUAGCCAGGUAUAUGGUGCUGUGGCUGAGUGGUUGCGAGAAUGUGGCUUCCUUCGAACCCCAGAACAGUGUCGAACCAAGUUCAAAAGUCUCCAGAAAAGCUAUCGAAAGGUGAGGAAUGGCCACAUGCUAGAACCCUGCGCCUUCUUUGAGGACAUGGAUGCUCUGUUGAACCCUGCAGCCCAUGCUUCAUCCACUGAUAAGCCAAAGGAGAUGAUACCACUCCCCAGACUGAAGAGAAUUGCAAUCAGUGCUAAGGAACACAUCAGCUUGGUGGAGGAGGAGGAAGCCGCAGAAGAUUCUGAUGGUGUUGAAAUGGGCGUCGAAUUUAUCCGCAAGUCUGAAAUCCGUGGUGCCCCUGUCUUGUUUCACAACUUAAGUGGUGUGCACUGGGGCUAUGAAGAAACCAAGACUUUUCUUGAUAUCCUCCGUGAGACUCGGUUUUAUGAAGCACUUCAAGCCUGUCAUCGGAAGAGCAAAUUGUAUGGGGCUGUAGCUGAACAACUUCGAGAGUGCGGCUUCCUUCGGACACCAGAACAGUGCCGAACCAAGUUCAAAAGCCUUCAGAAGAGUUACCGCAAGGUGAAAAAUGGCCACGUGCUAGAGUCCUGUGCAUUCUACAAGGAGAUGGAUGCCCUGAUUAACUCUAGGGCACCUGCUUCUUCCCCCAGCACCCUAGAAGAAGUCCUAUCACCUUCAAGGCAAGAAAGAGAAGGUAUUGAGGUUGAACCCCAGGAACCUACAGGCUGGGAACCUGAAGAGACCUCACAGGAGGCAGUAAUAGAAGACUCAUGCAGUGAGAGAAUGAGCGAGGAGGAAAUUGUACAAGAGCCAGAAUUCCAGGGACAUCCAGAUUUUGAAAUUGGAAGUAGCAUCAAGGAGGAUCCAACACAGAUAGUAUAUAAGGACAUGGAACAGCAUAGGGCAUUAAUAGAAAAGUCUAAAAGAGUUGUUUCCCAGAAUACCGACCCCAGCAAAUAUCGUAAAAGGGAAUGCAUCUCAGGAAGACAAUGGGAAAAUCUUCAAGGAAUUAGACAAGGAAAGCCGAUGUCUCAGCCUAGAGAUUUAGGGAAAGCUGUUGUGCAUCAGAGGCCUUUUGUGGGGAAGAGACCCUACAGACUUCUAAAAUACGGAGAAAGCUUUGGAAGGAGCGCUCGUCUGAUGUGCCGGAUGACCCACCACAAGGAGAAUCCUUACAAGUGUGGUGUCUGUGGGAAGUGCUUUGGUAGAGGCAGGAGCCUGAUCAGACACCAAAGAAUCCACACAGGAGAAAAACCUUUUAAAUGUCUUGACUGUGGGAAAAGCUUUAAUGACUCCUCAAAUUUUGGUGCCCACCAGAGAAUUCACACAGGAGAGAAACCCUACAGAUGCGGAGAGUGUGGAAAAUGCUUUAGUCAAAGCUCCAGUCUUAUUAUACAUCAGAGAACCCACACUGGUGAGAAGCCCUAUCAGUGUGGAGAGUGUGGGAAAAGCUUCACCAACAGUUCUCAUUUCAGCGCCCACCGGAGAGUCCACACUGGGGAGAAUCCCUACAAAUGUGUGGACUGUGAAAAAAGUUUCAAUAACUGUACAAGAUUUCGAGAACAUCGGAGAAUACACACUGGAGAAAAGCCUUAUGGAUGUGCUCAAUGUGGCAAACGUUUCAGUAAGAAUUCUGUUCUUACCAAACACCGGGAAGUUCAUGUGAGAGAAAAGCCUCUGCCGCACCCUCCAUCUCUGUAUUGCCCUGAAAACCCACAUAAGGGAAAGACUGAUGAAUUUAGGAAAACUUUUUGAUGAUGAUCUUGUCUUCCUAAACGCCCCUUUAGCCAUCCUACCCUAAUCUCAUUCUUGGAAGCAAUUUUUUCUUAGCUAUGGAGUGUAAUUCCCAAGAUAAACUUGAGAAUGUAAAUAAACUAGACAUUUUCAUCCUGUUCUCA